GUCUCCUUCCUCUUGGAAAACUCUCCCCAAGUCCCGUGGCCUGGAAAUCCUGGAAUUCGAACAAGACGCCCAUCUCCGGCACUGUCUAAGGCCUGCCGCGAUUCGCGCGUGUUCCUCAGCCGCGAUAUCUCUUCCUUUCCGGCCGCGAUCGUCAAAGAAAGAAUAAAGAAUCACCAGUAUGCCGUCUCUUCAAACUGCGUUGCCUCCUGAACUUGCCAAUAACACCAUUCGACUCUAUCGUGAAUGUCUUCGCCGGGCUAAGUAUAUCGGUAGUAAGCAAUUUAACACCGAGCUGAUUGUCAAUAUGGUAAGGCAGCAGUUCAAGAAGAAUAUGCAUGAGACAGAUCCUGAUAAAAUUCAAAAGUUCAAGGAUGACGCGGCAAGAGGCCUCAUAAAUCACAUGCUGUACGAGUCCGAUCAUUUCAGUGGCCGGAAAACCAGGAAGACUGCUGUGUAAAAACCUCUUAUGUUCGGGGAAAAAACUCGCGAGUGCAAAGUUAGACAGCAUGUGAAUGAAAAGUAAGAUAAAAAGGAGAUAGAGACUGGAUGGGCAUAUAACACACACAGAGAGAGAGAGAGAGAAGAAGAAGAAGAAGAAGAAGAAGAAUGAAGUUCUUGUUCCAGUGUCCGUGUUGCUCUUGUUUCUGCUUCCUGAAGCCUCGUGUGAAUAAGAAGCCAAAAGCAGCAGCAGCUACUAAGCCUGACAAAGAAGACGCCGCCGCCGGUAAUAAAAAGGAAUGAUAUAU